UUUUUGAUGAAGUCCCAUGGUUGCUUCUAGUAAAUAGCUUUCUUCUGGGAAACAAAGAUUUGGUUUAGUAAGUUGACCCAACAAAUAACUCUUCAAACUUUUUCCACCUACUUCUCACCCGACUUUGAUGAAAAUCGUUUUUAUAAAUAGAGGUUUACAGCACAAGUCUCUUCCUCACUUAAAACCAACAAGAACUAGUCAAAGCACAAUACAGCAGUAAUAGCACCAUGGCUCCUCUCACGAACUCCUUUGUAAGAUUUCUAGUCACUGCACUAGCAUUCACAAGCUUCUUCACUGGCCUAUCUGCUCAUCGACACCUUCUCCAGUCAACACCUCCAGCUUUAACAGUCCCACCUCUGCCCAAAACCACUAUGCCACCACUUCCUUCUCUACCAACUCCAGCACAACAAACCCUACCACCGCCACAACCAACUCUACCACAGCCCACCGGGUUGCCACCAAUGCCGAGCACACAGAUACCUUCAUUGCCAAACCCGGUACAGCCCACAAUCCCUAACAUUCCACAGGUCAACUUCCCUAUUCCCAGCAACAUUCCCUUUAACUUUCCUUUCAACAUUCCUUUCUUUACUCCACCACCUUCAAAGUAAAAGAAGUGAUGAGCUAGCUCUUUUAGCUGUCACAGGUUAAUGUCCUUCUCUUGAGACAGCUUUGUAUCACACACUAUACUUUGUGUCGGUUUGUAUACACAUAUAUGUACUGUUUCUUAUUCUUUUGAUGUUGCUUGAUAUCGUCGUCCUCUUUGUUGUUUGCUUCCAUGAGCCAGUUCCUUUUGUAAUAUACAGCAUUUUCUAAUGAGUGAUUUCCUUUCUCCUUUCUGUUAA